AUGGAAGAUCUUCUGAGAGGACUUGUCAAUCAGAGAGUGGCAGUACACGGAAAACUCAAUCGUGUCAAAACGUCUCUGCAACACAGUGCAAACCAACCUAAUCCGAACAUAGGAAACGUUCACUUCCUCCAGAUACAACAGAAAACAGUGGAAAACUGUUACCAUGAAUGUAAUGGCAUCCAAAAUCAGAUUUAUGCUCUGCCACUUCCUGAAGAUCGGCUAGCCGAAGAAACAGGGAGUUACAUCGAGUUCGAGUCGCUUUACAAUCAUGUUGCCCUUCAAUUGUGUAUGCUGAUUGAAGCGGUGACCAAAUCCGAAGUAGCUAACGCGAUCUCUCCUAUUGGAACCGAUCCCGCUCUUCAAGCGUGGCAUCCGAACCAGCCCUAUCUUCCACCAUUACAAGUUCCUUUGCCGACAUUCGACGGAUCAUACGAGAAGUGGUAUUCAUUCAAAGCAAUCUUCACCACGGUUAUGAACCGAUAUCGCCAAGAAGAUCCAGCGCUGAAAUUGUUUCACCUACGGAAUAGUCUUGUCGGACAAGCAGCUGGUAUCAUAGACCAAGACUUGAUUAACAAUAACGACUAUGAUGCUGCAUGGAGGGUGCUUACCCAACGUUACGAAGACAAACGAGUCGUUGUUGACAAACACGUUGAAAACCUUUUCAACCUACCAAAGGUAAGCCAAGAAAAUGCAAGUAACUUGCGGAAAAUUAUCGAUACUUGCACCAAGAAUGUGGAGGCUCUGAAGCACCAGAACUUACCUGUGGAUGGGCUUGGUGAGCAGAUGCUAGUGAACCUGAUUGCCGGAAAAAUGGACAAGAAGCUACGAGUGGCUUGGGAAGCUCGUCAGACGAAGAAUGUGCUUUCUACCUAUCCGGCAACAAUGGAUUUCCUGGAAGAUCAGUGCCGUAUAUACGAGAAGCUCGACACCUGUACGAAACCAUCAGCUGAAAGUGCCAAACCAAAAACGAUGGCUAGAAGCCAUACGUUAAUAUCAAGUGAAUCGAAGACUGAAAGAAAUGAACACAAGUGUCAAGUGUGUAAGGCAAACCAUGAACUUUGGAAGUGCGAAGCCUUUAAGAACAAAACUGUCAGUGAAAAAUACGAUUUGCUUAAAAAGUGCGGCGCUUGCUUUAACUGCUUUGGCAGAGGUCAUCGAACAAACGCGUGUUCUUCAUCACAUUCCUGCCGAGAGUGUGGAAAAAGGCAUCACACCACGCUUCAUGAGAACAACGGAAGAAAUAUUACGAAUCGUGCCACAAUACCAGUGGAAUCGACUGCAACACCCGUUGUAGAACCCGAUGUUAACUCAACGACCGCUAUUCCAGCAGGGACGAUGACAACCCUGUGUGCAAGAGCAGGUGAAAUUGAGAAGCAGACUCUACUUUCAACGGCCAUUGUUUUGGUCGAUGGCUUAGCCAGUACUCCCUACCCAUGCCGAGUGCUGCUCGACUCCGCUUCGCAGAUGAAUUUCGUUACGGAGCGUUUUGCGAAUCUCCUCUCGUUGAAAAUGAUACCCGCUGACUUCACAGUUAGUGGACUCAAUAGCAACAAAACUAGGAUUGGUCGAAUGCUACACACUACGGUCAGGUCUUGCCAUACAAACCUAUCUAUUGACUUGGACUUGCUGGUAACUGCCAAAAUCACUGGCGAUCUGCCGGUGAAAUCAUUCGACGUUUCUGGAUGGCCAAUCUCGAGCAAAUUGGCGCUAGCUGAUCCGACCUUCAACAAGCGAGGACGUGUCGAUAUGCUUAUCGGCGCCGAAUACUUUGGAGUUUAUUGGAAGAGGCCGAUUCGAACUUGGAACCAAUCUCCCAACACUAAGUAA